AUGUCUCCAGCAACAAAGUCAAAGUCAAAGGAUAAAAAAAUGGGAAAGGCAUCUUCAAAGCCUUCUUCACUGUCAACUAAUGGGAAUACCAGCAGCAUGGCACCUAGUGCCUAUAAUCCUCUUCUCGGAACAUUUCAAGUUCUUGAUUCUGCGUCAAUAGCUUCUGUCUCGCCACUACACUAUGGUCGUUUCCAAAGUAUAGAUGAGGCAGAUGUAAAUGGGGUCGAGUCGGAUUGUAUUUCAAACAAUGGUAGCUGCUCGGGUGAGUCAGAAGAUCACAAGGAGAAAACAAUUAAUCUGCCCCUCAGGCAAGAGGUGAUACCAGGUGCCGACAAUGACAAGCGAGAAAAAGUUCGCCAAAAGAAUGAGAGAAAACAUCAACGCCAGAAGGAGAGGCGGGCUCAGGAGUUGUAUGAGAAGUGUAGCACUUAUCUCAUGUCCAGAAAGCUUGAAUCCCUUACACAGCAACUUGUGGCAAUGGGAAUAUCUCAAGACCAUGCAACGACAGCAUUGAUGAUGAACGAAGGCAAGGUGGAGGAAUCUGUUCAUUGGUUGUUUGACAGGGGAGAGGAAGAAAUCGAGAAGCAGAGCAUUCAGAGUCCUGGGAAUUUGAAGAUAGACAUAACAGAAGAACUAGCUAGGAUUUCACAAAUGGAGCUACAGCUUAAGUGUACAAGGCAGGAAGUAGAGCGUGCGGUUGUUCAAGCCGAGGGUGAUUUAGACAGAGCAGAAGAAGUCAUGAAAGGCACAAAGUAUGAAGAAUUUUCUGUGGCAGUGAAACAAGAAGAGUCUGGUGAUCCUCUUACAGCCAGUAAUGGUAAACGUAUAGUAGGGAUAGAUUAUCAGAAUUCAGAUACAGAAAGGCCAGAAACACAACCUGUUCUGUUACCUGGUUUACAGCCUAUAAGAGAUGACAAGAAUUUUAACUAUACAAGAUCUCCCUCCACAACAGAACCCGUGAACAAAAUGGUUCAGCCUAUGAAACAACCCCAACCGACGUUAGAGUGGUCAAAAGCUCAACAAUCUGCUGUUUUAGCUGAUAAAAGGUGGCCAAAUUCAGGACAGGUACCUUCUGCUUCUUACUCUUUGCCAUCAUCGCCAUUACCAUCACCUCAGCCUGUUGCAAGGGUCGAAGCUCGCUAUUUAGCUAGUGGUAUUGAAUUUAAGAACCCUCAGCAGCAGCCAGGAAAUAGGGAACCAACCAUAGCAAUGCGGCAGCGGCCACAAGUUGUUAGCACGAAUCCGUUCCCAACGUCAAGCAUGAGCGCAUCCCCUACCAGUUGGCAUCCUGCAACAAGCAUGGAGAUGAUAAAGUCAAAUGGGUUCAUACAAACACAUAAUAUCCCUCUUGCGCGAAGCCCGAGUCCAAACAAUCUGAAUCCAAAUCAGAUCUACCAGCAACUUCAAUGUCAAAACCAGAAGCGAAUCAGUAACAACCCAGUGGAUCGACAUGGUAGUAAUGCCCGAGGUAAUGGUGGCUUAUGGAACAGAAACACCGCCUCAUCUCCAUCCAUAUCUGCUGCGUCUUCAUUGGGAUUGUUCUCUGCGGUUGGUUCAGCUGGAACUUCGGGUGCAUCCUCACCAAUAGAUUGGAGCUCUGGUGGUUCGGUGGACUACACUAGCAUAGACUGGAGUUUAGAUCAAGGUUUAUCCCAAAAUACUGGAGUCAAUGGAAUGUGGUCCUCUGGGUCAAAGAGCAGCAGCCACAUGUAUGAUGCGUACAGUCUAAAAGGUUCCAUGGGAAGUAGAGGCAACAGCAGCAACGGUGUAUCGAUGGAGAAUGCAGGUGUUGGAGUGGUGGCGGAAACACAAGCAGCUACAUCUGAGGAGUGGACUUCACCAUUUGAAGGAAAAGAUAUCUUUGGCUUGUCUAGACAAUAUGUGUCUCCAUCUCUGUAA